CAUAUUUGCGCCAAUUCUUUUUUCUGUUGCCGCGAAAGCUAUGCGCUAGUGUUUUUGGAGUUAAUAUGCCAGCAAAAAGAAGGCUUGUGUGGAACAAUUUCAAGAAUUGGGAUGCGAAGAAAGCUACAUGCAAGCACUGUUCGUCACAAAUCAGCUACAAUGGAGGAUCGGUGGGAAACCUCAAACGGCAUAUGAAUCAGACGCAGCCAUCGCCACAAAGUGAACACCUUUCGCAGAGGGAGUCGCAGCAACCGGUAAUUACAAAUUAUAUAUCAAAGCAGCCAACUACCAAAAAGGUGGAUAAAAUCAACCAUCAACUAGUCAAGAUGAAAGCUAAAGGCCAUCAUGCGCUGCGUUUAGUGGAAGAGCCGGAGAUGGUGAAAUUGGCCAGCAUGGUGUCACAGUGCGGCGGUUAUAAAUUACCCGCCAGGAAAACUUUGUCUCAAAACUUGAUACCAAAAGUGUAUAAUGAUUUAGAAUCAGAAAUUAGAAGCCAAUUGCAAGAUACAUUUGCAGUAUGUCUCACAAACGACGGCUGGACGCCUUCUACCAACAUCAGUUACAUUGCUGUAACUGCUCAUUUUAUUGAUAAAAACACCACGCUUUGUUCUGCUCUCUUGUGCUGCAAAGAGCUUGAUUGUAGUCAUACUGGUGAAAAUUUAUGUGGGUUUUUAAAAGAAGUGACUGCGAAUUGGGGUAUAUCGAAUAAAGUCGCCGCCAUAGUUACCGACAACGCUGCAAAUUCAUUAAGUGCCGUAAGGUUAGGGGAGUGGCGUUCCAUUGGUUGUUUUGCACAUCUACUUAAUUUGAUUGUUCAGAAAGCAAUUACUGAAAUCACGGCAGUUGUAGAUAAAGUUAAAAAUAUUGUUGUAUAUUUCAACCGCAGUAGCCAAGCUUUAAAACAAUUAAAGGACUUUCAAGUACAAAUGCAAUUGCCUAUUUUAAAAUUGAAGCAAAGUGUGCCAACGCGAUGGAACUCUACGUACGAUAUGUUGGCUCGUAUAAUAGAAGUUAAAGACGCUGUUAUGAGCACAAUUGCCAUUUUGAGACCCGAUCUUAUUAUAGCCACCAUUGAAUGGUGCCUUUUUAUGACAUCACUACGGAAAUUUCUUCUGAAAAAGAUGUGACGCUAUCUAAAGUUAUCGUUUUUAUCAAUCUUAUUCAAAGGUAUUUAGCAAAGACUUCGCCAAACAACGAAAAGCUUUCAUUGUUUUAUAGAUCUUUGAGGCAGGGUGUUCAAAAUCGAUUUAAAAAUUUAGAGAGUAAUCCGCUAUACGCCGAAUGCACUAUUUUGGACCCUAGGUUUAAAAAGAAAGGUUUUAGAGAACCAAAUGCGUGUGAUAUUGCUAUUCAAAACCUUAAAAAUAAGAUUGUACAGACGGAUUUUUCUCAAAGUGAAACAGAAGUUGUAAUUCCCGAUUCGCAGGCGCAAGCUGUUAACAAUAUAUGGCACGAUUACAACAAAGAUGUCAGAAAUAUUGUAAAGCCUCAGAGUAUAACUGUAGCUGCGAUUGUAGAAGUGGAUAGAUAUUUGAGUGAACCCUAUUUAGAUCGCACCCAUAAUCCACUGGAAUGGUGGCAUGUGCGCAAGGAAACAUGUCCCAAUCUAUACAGGCAUAUUUUGAAAAGAUUUUGUAUAGUGGCUACAUCGGUGCCUUGCGAAAGGGUAUCCUCUAGCGUGGGCCAAGUAAUACGAGACAGACGUACUUUACUGAAGCCAACCAUGGUAGAAAAAAUUCUUUUUUUGCAC